UUUACCAGAUUUAUGAUGCUCAGAGCUGAGAACUUCAUAAUUUUGAGAAGAAAACCUAUUGCUGGGUAUGAUAUUAGCUUCCUACUUACCAAUUUUCACAUGGAACAAAUGUACAAACAUAAGUUGGUAGAUUUUAUUAUUCAAUUCAUGGAGGAAGUGGACAAAGAAAUUAGUGAAAUGAAAUUAAGUCUAAAUGCUCGCGCUCGUAUUGUUGCUGAAUCUUAUUUGUCUCAG